AUGGAGAAGGCAAGCGUGCAAUUGCUAUUCAUAGGCUUAACGAUGUGUAGAUAUGCCUCAGCAUACAUCUCAAUGUAUUGUGGUAAACUUGAUGGAACAGAUAUGAAGGUGUAUUGUAGGUAUGGAUGCUGUGGUACCAACUUCACGAUGCCGUGCUGUGUGUCGGAAGAUGACGACUCACCCUCCAUACCGCCGUUCAGUAUAUUCUUCUACGCACUCACCGUCUUUAUCUUGUUUUUACUGAUCGUGUGCUGUGUGGGCAGAGUAGCACGUUUGAAGAGUCGACGACCAUCGACGACACCUUCAAGUGGCCGGCCGUUCAGCCGACCUAACUCACAGAGAAUUUCAACCGAUCUCAGUCGGACAUUGGUAAUAGCGACGAUAGAAAAUUUUAUAAGAGUCGGACGGCAGUCAAGCAAUGUCGAUCACAAUACUGAAGAGCCAAAUCCUUCAAUUACCGAUUUUUCUUUAUCUCCGCCAUCAUAUGAUGACGCCAUCAAAACUGCUCCUCCUGAACAGCCACCGUCAUAUUUUGAUGCCAUGAAUGAAGAUAUCGCUCCUCCCCGUCCUCCUCCCGAUACUGAUGAAUGAUAAAACAUUUCAAUGUGUU